AUGAAAUCUCUUCCCGAAGACAUCCUAAUCGACAUCCUCACCCGACUCCCAGUAAAAUUUAUCCUCCGAUUCAACUCCGUUUCGAAACACUGGUCAGCUCUCCUCACAACGCCUCGAUUCAUCGCCGCCCACCUCCGCCGCUCCGCCGCCCGCAGCCCUAUGCUCAUCGUCCGCCACGGCUUGGCCCUCGGGCACCUCAAGAUCUCGGUGCUGGACGAGAGCUUCGCGAUCCUUCAUCGGGACGUGCCGGUGCCCGUCGCGAGAUACGGCGACUUCUCCGCAUCCGUCGCCGGUUCCUGCAACGGGCUGCUCUGCGUUCAAUACGGCACCGGCAAGUCGGCGUUUUGGAACCCGGCGACCAAGCAGUUCGCGUGGGUUCCCGUCCGGGAUCUCGGGUCGCCGUACUCUCACGUGACGAGGUUCGUCGCCAUCGGGGAGAGAUUCGGGUUCGGGUUCAGUACCCGAAACGAGGACUACAAGCUGGUGAAAUUCGCCAGCUUCUACUACAAGGAGUGGAACAGCGAGGAUCAGGUGAUAUGGGAAGAUCUAGAAGUGAAGGCCGUGGUGUUCUCGUGGAAGCGCUGGUCGUGGAGGGAACUGAAAGACGCCCGGAUUCCGGCUGCUCACUACGACCAUCCGGUGGCCGCAAACGGCCAUCUGUACUGGCUGGCAAGAAGGAAGGGGACGAGGGAUUUCAUUCUUGCAUUCGAUCUCGCCACCGAUUCGUUUCGGACCAUAGACUUCCCCGCCGAUGAUCCUAGGCCCGACGGCGCUGGAUCGUUGAUGAGGUUCGACAUGGAUACGAGGAUCGCGGUGUUCAAGAGUUACCUGGAUUAUUCGACCAGGUACGAUGAUGAGGAUGAUCUGGAGGCAGUAGUGAUCGGCGAGAACGGGAUGGACUUGAGUGGGGAAACGUGGGAGUUUAUGUUCCGAUGCGGUUGGUUUGAUGGGUACGAUAUUCAUCGAGAAGAUGAGGGUUGUUUCGGAGUGUACUGGAAUAGUAGGGUUCAUGUUGUGAAAGCACGUGGAAGAAACAUGGAUAAUCUCUACUUGUUCGAUCCGGUGGCGAGCAAAGCAGUUCGUCGCUUCGAUGGCCUUAUGGGUCGCGUCUAUGGAGUCGGCAGUUUUGUGCAUAGUCUUGUUCCGGUUCGUGGAGGGAACGUAUAG